UGAACCAAUAAAAAUAAACUUUGAAAACUAUUUAUAUAGACACCAACAAAUUUAAUACAAUUUAAAAAAUUAUUCAGAAAAAGUUAUCUGAAACAUAGUUUAAUCAAAUUUGAUUUCAAUUAAAUGUCUAUAGAUGUUUGCUAAAAGUUUACAAAGCGUUCGUCGAGUUAGUUUAUCGUAUGCCUUAUUUAAUAACGUACACAACAAUUUAGCACGCUCUCCUAUAAAGCCAACAAUAUCAGUUGGGUAUCAUUAUCAAACCCAACAACGUAGAUUUUGUCAUAGAACUACUUGGACUUUUGAUUACAAUUUGCAAGCGAUAACAUUAGUUAACACAAAUUUUUGCAUCAUCAGCCGACGCGUGUCGUCACAGUUAUCUUGUGUCUCAAUGAAAAUGUUAAAUUAUUUGCCAUUUUUUGCUAGCGGUGAAAUUGUUUCCGGAUUUGGUCGCGGUUCCAAAGAGUUGGGCAUACCAACAGCUAAUUAUCCCUUGGAGGUAGUGAAAUCUUUACCGGAAUGUUUUAAGCCCGGAGUUUACUUUGGCUGGGCCAACGUUGACAAUGGACCUGUGUACAAAAUGGUCAUGAGCAUCGGCUGGAAUCCUUUUUACGACAAUAAGGAAAAAAGUAUAGAAACACACAUUUUACAUGAAUUCAAUCGUGACUUAUAUGGCUGUUUACUUAAAGUUGGCAUUGUUGGUUACUUAAGGCCAGAACAAAAUUUUAAAUCCCUGGAUGAUUUAGUGGCCUGCAUUAAGAAUGACAUAGCACAUGCCGAAGAUGUACUCGAAUCUAAUGAGAUAUAUAAACAAUUACAAAGUCAUCAGUUUUUCCUUGAAAAUAGUCGCCAGACGAAUGACAGUCAUACAAAGAAUACAAGUAGUAAAAGUAAUAAUAGUACAUAGAAAAAUUUUAUGUUCGUAGUUUUUUUUUAGGUCUAUUUUAAAUAAUCUUACCUCAUAAAUUACAAUUGGUUUAAAUUUACUUUAUUUAACUCUGUUUUUAGUACUUAAGAACUCGUUUAUCCCUAUGUUUUUAUUAAAUUAUUCAAUUUCUAGUGAACUUAGCUGUAUACAUACAUAUAUACAUACAUGUGAAACAUAAAAAUUGUCAAUGGAUUUAUAUUUUGACAAAACUAAA